UUGACGUAUGAAGCAAUAUUUGCACCCCGAAAAAGAAAAGUAUUUUACAUCAUCAAUUGAAGAGGAAGGUGAAAUCACCAUGAGCCGCAACAUCAACAAUUUCACACCUUUGCCAGGGUCAUGGCAAAGAGGUUUUAGAUCCUUUGAUGACCACACUUUCAAUCAUCGUGAAUCCAAUGAGGUGCCUGUGUUUUACGGAUCUCACUCUACUCAUGCCACCCAGGAUGGCAGAAGUUCGGGUGUAUUAGCUCGACAACGAUUUUCGGACUUCAGAAAUCCUUUAGGAUUCCACAGUAUACCAAAUUUUCCAGCACCACCACCUAGAAGACAACAAAUUCAUGCUCACAAUGAGGAUAUGGGAAGGCUAAGAGAGAUUUUCCUUCACCCCCCUCAAAGAUCCACAUUCCAAACAAGCACACAAGCUCUCCCAGUGGUAGAAAUUACCAAAUCAACAGCUUUGAGCAAGCUUAAGAAAGUAGUCUAUGACCCUCCCCCAAAGAGGUAUGCUAGGAGGGUGAGCUUAUACUACAGAAACAAUGCUGCAAAGCCUUUGAAAGAGAAGCAGAGAGAAAAUGAUGAAGAUAGCAAGAGCUGUGCUAUUUGUUUAGAAGAUUUUGAUCCCAGUGAAGAGGUGAUGCUCACUCCAUGCAACCACAUGUUUCAUGAGGAUUGUAUAGUACCAUGGCUAACAAGUAAGGGCCAGUGCCCAGUUUGUAGGUUUGUGAUUUGUGAGAUUGGAAGGGGGAAUCAUUCAUCCUUCAAUAACAAUGACAUAGCAAAUUUGGAACCUAGCAACUUGAUUAAUGGAGAGCUUUUGUCAAUUUUGAGGGCCAUGGAAGAAGCUUUUCAAUUGGGAAGUAUGACUUACUAAUGUACACACAUGAAUUUGCUAGAGUUGGGAGGAUGAUUUAUUUGUAGCUUAUUCCUACAUAUACAAUGAAUGUUUUUCUUUUUUUACACAACGUAUACUAUGAAAUUUUAUAGGUAGAACUUGUUAGUGAUAUAAAAUUAAUGAGAUAAGAUUGGAAACCAA